UCCAACUUCAGACAGCACUGAUAAUGAGAGUGAAAGCUCUAGGUAACUGUGCAAUAACUUUAUAGCCCAGAAGCCAACUUGCGCUCAUCUUCUUUACUAUAUAGAAAGAGAAAUUCUAAGGAAAACUCAUCUCUAAAAAAGCCAGAUAUACAUUCAAGACCCCUUAGCUUAGCUGUUCAUCCAUUUCCACUCCCCUAUUGCCCAUACUCCCACAACAGCUUUGUCAGUGUCCUUUUAUUCACUCUUAAAGGUCAAUUUCAAAAGACCACAAUUUAUCUUUACAUUAAACUCCAACCAAGAAUAUUAGAGGGGGUAUACUAGGAUGAUAAUGAAGAUCCGGUGUGAUGUGUGUGACAAUGUAGAGGCGACAGUUUUCUGUUGCGCGGAUGAAGCUGCUCUUUGCGAUGGAUGUGAUCACAGAGUUCACCAUGCAAACAAGUUGGCAAGCAAACACUCGAGGUUCUCUUUAGUCCAUCCUUCUUUCAAAGAAUCCCCUCUCUGUGAUAUCUGUCAGGAGAGGAGAGCCCUUCUGUUUUGUCAAGAGGAUAGGGCAAUUCUAUGCAGAGAAUGUGACCUUCCAAUCCACAAAGCUAAUGAACAUGCUCAGAAACACAACAGGUUUCUUCUCACAGGUGUAAGGCUCUCUGCUUCUUCUUCUCUGAACACAGCAUCAUCGACCUCCACUAAUAACUUUGACGCAAACAUUAACACUACUAGCAAUAGAAACCAUCAGCCAUCCCUAAAGAAUUCCAACGAAAUCCUCAGCUCUCCUUCAGUUGAGACAGCAUCAGCAACAACGGCAUAUAAUUUCGAUGAAAAUCAUGUUAGUGACAAUGGUUCAAUUUCAACAAGUAGCAUAUCUGAGUAUUUAGAGACAGUACCAGGCUGGCGCAUCGAUGAUUUUCUUGAUCCUUCAUUUGCUAGCAAUAAUGGUUGCAAUAAGGUUUGGAGUGCACCCUAUUUCUAGAGAGAGAGACCUGUUUUUUUAGGGUGUUGUAUUUUUUUAAGACUCAUCUACACCCUUUUCCCUAACGUAACCCAAUUUGAUGCAGACUUGUGACCUUUUUUAAUUUUUCCAUUGCUGGAUCAAGAUCUUGAAAGCAACAGGAGUUCUUUUUCGACAGAAGAUUUAGGCUUCUCCAUCCCUCAAGUUACACCCCACUUCCCUCAACUUCAUCGUUAUAUUCCCCUACCUGGUUUACCCAGUGGAUUUAAUCAGUCAAAAGAAGCAAGCAAAUGAAGGUUCGCUGGGAAUGGAGCGAGGAUGGUUUUACAGUUCCUCAGAUCAGCCCCCGAUCUAUCAAGAAAUCCAGG